AUGGCCACAAACACAAACACGACAGGCGACGUUUUUCACGGGUCAACUGUAUUUGUUUCAAAUCUUUCAUAUUCUACUACCGAUGAAUCCUUGCGAGCCGCGUUUGAUGACUUGGCACCCGUUCGUUCGUGCUUCAUUGUCCUCGAGAAGCUGCAAGCCUUUUCUGAAAAAUCUGGUGCUGAACCGUCCUCGAGCCAACCAAAAUCGAAGGGGGUUGGGUUCGUCAAAUUUGCUUUGAGGGAAGACGCAGGGAACAUAAUUGCUAAAUAUGGUCCCGGCGUAAAGGGGGAAAAGAAAGAAUUUUUGAUGGUCGAUGGGAGGAAAGUAAGGGUUGGUUGGCCAGGGGUGAAGCCCCCUACUAAUGAGGUCAAGGCGGAGGGACGGAAGACGACAAAGAAACCCGUCGCGAAAUCCACCAUAACAAAGGACCCCGAAGCCAACAGAACCCUCAUUAUUACCAAUUUGCCAUCGACUGGGCUAACGAAGUCAACAUUAUGGAAGAAGAUACGGAAGUGCGAUGGAGCUAAGAGUAUCGAAUGGCCUCUUGAUGGCGAUAACACCAAAGUCUCCGCCAUAUUUGAUACUCCCUCUGCUGCCACGGCUACUCUUUCAAAGCUCCAUUCUCAUGUGUAUAAAGGAUCUACUCUGUCUGUAACCCUAAAGAGACCGUCGGGCAAUCCCAGUCGCACCAGCGAACUGAUCGUACGAAACCUGCCAUGGGAUAUAACUGAGGCUGACCUGGAAGCUUAUUUUUCCUCUUAUGGCCCUGUUCAUUCCGUCCGCAUCCCCAGUCUGAAGUCCGAGCACAACAAAGAUGAUGAUGCUGCCACUUCUCCCAAAAAGAGGAGGCGCAUCAGAGGUUUCGCCGUUGUAGGGCUGUUGUCAAGAGAAGGCGCAACGGACGCUAUUGCCAAAUUAAAUGGCACAACGAUGUACGGCGGGUUUGCGGAUGACAGAGCCGCUUCCGAAGAUAAACAUGGAGACAAGGAUGUGUCGAAGCCGCAAGGCAGUCGGAAGAACGAGAGAGUUGUUGCGGUAGAUUGGGCAGUGGGAGCAGAUCGAUGGCGGCAGAUAGUAGAGGAGCAGGCACAAAAGGAGGGAAUUGAUGAUGAGGACAGUGAUGGGGAGGAAGACGAAGAAGCUCCGGAAGAUUGGGAUACCGAAUUGGGCACAGACGAGAUGUCGGAAGGGAAUGCUCAUGAUCAUUCUAUGAGUGUUGAUGGAGAGGAAAGGUCACGACCACCCCCACCCCCACCUGAGGAAGGGUCGGUUCUUUUUGUUAGGAAUCUUCCAUUCGAAGCCAUAAGUGAGGACCUGAAGGAAGUAUUCCAGAAAUUUGGGCCAAUACGGUACGCGGUUGUCACUAUGAAUCGCGAAAGUGGCAAGUCCAGAGGGACCGGAUUUGUCUGUUUCCGGAAUCUGUCCGACGCCAAUACGUGCCUCGAAGAGGCACAGCGAAUGCGAGAAGACCUGGAUCCAGAGCUGACAAAGAAGAAUCCUUUCUCACUUCUAACUGUGGACCCCUCAUCGUCUCGUGCUGCUCCUCUCGUUCUUCAAGGUCGCACUCUGGAUGUCGUGCGUGCGGUGACGCGAGAAGAGGCUCAAAAGUUUAGCGAUCGGAACGAACGUGCGCGAGAAAAGGAAGAUAAACGGAAUCUGUAUCUAAUACGCGAGGGUGUCAUCUUUCCUUCCACGCCCUCUGCAACUACUCUUGCGCCGGCUGAACUCAAUCGACGUCAUCAAUCAUGGUCCGCGCGCAAGACUCUGUUGCGCAACAAUCCUUCCCUGUUCAUAAGUCGAACACGCCUCAGCAUUCGCAAUCUUCCUCUCUGGGUAACAGACCGAGGACUCAAGCGGCUCGCGAUUCAUGCCAAGCAAGCCUUCUCCGAGGAAGCUUCGCAGGGACAUCGUGCUGGACUAACAGAGGACGAACUGGCAAUUCCGGCUAAUGCUGCCGGCGAGCAGGGUUCCAGAAAACGUAAAUGGAAAGGCAUGGAAUCAAUGGGGGUUAAGCAAGCGAAAGUUGUUCGUGAUGCCAACCGCGUUGAUCCUCUCACUGGGAAUGGUCGAAGCAAAGGGUACGGCUUCCUCGAGCUCGAAACGCAUGCUGACGCUCUCCGAGUUUUGCGGUGGGCAAACAACAAUCCAACCGCAAACAAACUCAUGUGGACCUGGUGGAAAGAUGAGUUGCAGGCGCUUAGCGAAGGGCGCUUCGGGACACUCCGUACUUUGGGAGGGAAAGAAGGAAGUACUGGGGUGGAGACACGUUUGAACCGUCUAAAAUCGCGAUUAGAGGAAAUGGACGGGCCCGGAGGUGACAAGGAGGCAAAAAUCAAAGAUGGGCGAUCUCUUCACAUAGAAUUCGCGAUUGAAAACAUCCUUGUAAUGAGACGGCGCCAAAACCGGCAAGAAAUGGCCAAACAGAGACCCGAUAAGGGUGCCGAUGGCUCCGAGGGCCCAGAACCGUCCGUCAAGUCAUCUCGGAAGCGUAAAAGUCGGGAUGACGAAGACGGAAAACCUCCAACACCGCGCAAGAAGCACAACAGCAGUAGAAUGGCCAUCAGGGAGGAUGGUGAUGCGGAGUCGGCGUUGGAGGGGCACAACCCCAAGAUCGCAUCAAAAACUCGCGUUCCAGUCGGCCGUAUCAUAAAAAAGAAACGGAUGGAACGGCGCACGAAGGCGUUUGCGAAAUGA